CUGCUGCUGCUACUGCCGCCGCUGCCGCUGCCGCUUUCACCGCGGGAGCAACAGCAACGGGAGUUGGCCGCUGCGCUGUUGUUGAGACCAGCUACCAGCAGCAGCACCACCAACAAUUGUGCAGGCAGGAAAGCGAGCAGGCGGGCGGCCAGGACAGCGAAUCAAUCGUAGGUUGCCCGUUCGUUCGCUGAAUCGACGGUGUAGUCGUCAGUUCGUCGUAGUUGUAGUUGCUGUCGCUGCCGAGAAGUAGGGGCAUCGUUUUACGCCGGCGGCAGCACCGCCAGUAGCUGCUGCCGUUGAGUCUAUGAACAGUAGCAGAAGCAGUCGUUUGUGCGAGUAGCAGUGGUCACGGCAUAGCACAGCGUUUGCUAGCCGAUAUCCCUUUGCGUGCUGCCCCUGCGUGUGCGUGUGUGUUCCCAAUGUGUGCAUUGUGCUGUUCCAGUAGCGAGUGAAGCACAGUACACGCACCCUUGUUGCCUUCAUCGUCGUCAUCAUCAUCAUCGUCACAGCAGAUAGCGGCAACAGCACCCGUAAGCAGUAGCAGCCAGCAACGAACGAGUGCUGCCGAAAGACGGCUGUUGAACGCUUGCCGCUCGUGCGAAUCUUUUUUUGUGUCAUGUUUCGUCUUUUCGGUAUUUUCGUUCAGGCGACGGGUAAUCGACACCCCCAUCGCUAGCCGCAGUCACCGUGGAUGCUGCCGCCGCACUGACGAACGCGAUCUGACGGUUGCGCUUGCCACGAGAUAUACCCCUGUCCGAAAAUUAACGUUCGACGUCGCUUCAAUUGAAUGAGCUGUACCGACAGAAUAACAACUCCUGUACCACCAAGAAAAUCUAUUAUAAUUCGAUAAAGUGAGAGACUACUUGGUAGACGCGUGUUUGCUGAUUCCAAAUGGUAAUAGUUUAGCCGGCGGUGACUCGAAGGCUACUAGCGAGAAUGUCCCGCUACUGACAACGGGCUUUUGUCUGCUUUUGGGAGCUGAAUUCGGAGCACUGCUACAACUUCUAAUGCUAUGACCACUGACAAUAACAGGGAAUAAGCGAUUAAAGAGGACCCCGAAAAAAUGCACGAACGCGCCUCGUCCUAUCACAGAUCAUGAUGAUGAUGUCCUGUUGUUAAUACGUUUCCUCGCUGCUGUCUAAACAGUUCUGUUCCACUGUUCGUAUUUUUCGUGUGUUUGUGCGCUGUGAAAAUAAAGAACGGUGGAAACGACGAAGGACACAACGGGUUUCUCCUGACGUGAUAGCUAUAGCAACGAGCCAGACGACAUCGUUGCAUCAGUUACAGCUGCUACUGUCGUCGCAUUUUCGUUAGUUCGUUCGUUCGUUCAUUCGAUCUUUAAAACGUCGCCAAAUCGCCGCCAAUCACGAACUAACGCUGGCCCCUUGGGCAGGCAGUACAAUGGGGGUCGAGCUGUUUGGGGCGGCGGAAGCAUCCCUGCUCGAGCACUAUCUCGACACCGUCGAGCACCUUCCCGACGAUGUUCAACGGACAAUUUCGCUACUCCGCGAGAUUGAUCAGAAGUAUCAGAAGAUUCUUGCUGAAUUGGAGCAAUUGAUCCGGUUGCGAGACCCCAAGAAGCGUGACAUUCACCGGGCGCUGGUUCGAACCCAGGAGCUCUCGGACGAGAAGUUGCAACUAAUGCAACAACUGGUUGACACGAUCGAGAACAAGAGUCGACAACUUGAAUCGGACGCACGAACUCUCGCGUGGUGGCAACGUGGUCACCUGUCAAUCCGGCGGACUGGCAUCGAGUCCCGCCCGCGCCAGAGAUCCUUUGAGGACAAGUUACGUCGGCAUCACAAUCCCGCGACAACGUUUUCGGACUGUCUGGCCAAGGAGCGUUUGUACGAUUCGCAGCAUCGGGGCGGCUCGGGCGGGCACCAUUCACCUUUAACAGGCAGCGCCGGUAGCGGAGGCGCAGCCGUGGGAGGCCAUUCGAGUGACGACAACAGCGCGUCGAACCAAAACUUCCUUUCAAAUAACAACGCACUAAGUGCGCACUCGACCGGCGGCGGUGCUCAUCAUCAUCACCAUCACCAUCACAAUCACCACAGCAGCUUAAACAACAGUAGCGCGCAUCAUGGCGCCGGUAACGUCGGUACGGGGUCAAAUAACGCUUACUCGAAUAACACGAGUUCAGGCGGGAAUGGUCCUGGGGGUACUGGCAGCGGACUCGGCGCGAACUCAGCCAACGCCAGUAACAACAGCAUCAACAACAGUUCGGGGGUCGGUGGUAACGGGCCGGAAAGAGCUGACGGCAAAUCCGGAAGCGAUCAUCAUCAACAUCACCACCAUGGCAGGGGCGGAUCCCAGCAACAGAUCUCAAACAGUAAUAAUAGCAAUAACAGCAACAACUCGACCAAUGUCAAUCAUACCGGCAGCAGUGGAAACAAACACGUCAAGGAAGAGAACUCGCAGUCAUCUACGGGCACUGGCGGAGGUAAGCGUGCUCGACGAGCUGCGGCGAAAGACUACAGCGAGUCAAGCGCCUAUGGAGGCGGGUCCGAAAGUAGUAGCGUUAGCAAACGCGAAAAACGAGCUGGUGCUGGAACGAAUCAGACAGCGACUAAGGGUAGCAAACGAGGCAGUGCGAGCACAGAAAAUACCACGGGUCAAGGUAAAAAGCGGAAGAGUGCACGGCAACAGGAAGCGGUUUCACCCGUGGACGCCAUCGAUCCAGAUGAGCCGACAUACUGUCUGUGCGAACAGGUAUCGUUCGGCGAAAUGAUUGGUUGCGAUAACGAAGAGUGCGCAAUCGAAUGGUUCCAUUUCCAAUGUGUCGCGCUGACGACGAAGCCUAAGGGCAAAUGGUAUUGUCCCCGAUGCCGAGGGGACCGAUCGAAUCAGAUGAAGAAAGCAAGCUGAGCCGUCUUUAUCGCGAACGCGAGCUCCACGACCUGCCGCCGGUAACGAAAGCAACAAACCCUUCGCUAAGGUUAAUGCAACCUACUAUAGCGCUACGUCAGGUUUCCAAUCUGUGAUGAAGAAAAUCGACAGAAGCGGAAAUUUCUGGCUUGUGGCUUUUGCGUGAAGUUGCUGUUGGGCGUUCGGAAUUGCUCUCUUCGGUAUUCGGAGACCCUAGCAAUCUACAGCAACCAUACUAGCGACAGGAUAUAUAUAAAUAUAUAUAUAUAUAUAUAUAUAUACAUAUAAGCAUAUUGUAUUAUGUAUAAUUAUAUACA